GCGAAGGGCAUAAUCUUCUUUGACAACAGACAACAAACUUGGAUGGCUAUACCGUCCGCACCGAACGAGUUCUGUUCUUGACAUCAGGUGUUCUGCAUCAUUCCUGUACCCUACACGAUUAAUUAAAGAUGCCCAAGAAAGGUAAAGGGAAGGGGAAAGGAAAAGACAAGGGAAAGAAGGGAAAGAAAGGGCGGAGUCGCCUGAGCGAGACAGAUGAUGUGGUCAUGAAGAAGCUUCUCAAGUGCUACGAGCGGAACUGUGCCCUGACAGACUCGCAGAUGUGCCCGGGGGUCAAGGCUGCCAUCAAGGCGGCCAUGGAGGGGGAGAAGCUGCUCACCAGGUUCAUCUUGGAGUCAGUGCCACAGGAGCAAGAGGGGGACCUGCCGGUGCUGCUGGAGCCGUUCCUGGCGUCAAUCAGACAGGAGCGCUACAUCCUCAUCAAGGACCUCCACAUCUGGGACUACCCCAUGUCUUACGAGAAUGUGGCCACGCUGUCCCUGCUGAUGGAGAAACCGGCGUACCUGGUGAGACAGUUGGAGAUGAUGGACUGUCUACUGGAGGCCAACUCCAUCAACAGAUUUUCAAGAAUCUUCCGAGCAUGUGACACAUUGACUAUUUUGAAUCUUGACUACAACGAGUUUGGUGAUGAGGGUUGUCAGUAUUUGUGUCGAGGUCUGGAUGGGAAUGUCACAAUGUUGUCACUCAGUCUGUGCUACUGUGAUCUGGGAAAGGAGAGUGGGCGCUAUCUUGGGCAUAUCCUCUCUACCACAGCUGUGAGGGAGAUGUACCUGGACGGCAACAACCUUGAGUGUGAGGGGGUGACGGAACUCAUCAAGCUGUGUGUGGACCAAGCUGAGGCGGAAUCCUUCCAGAAGGCCGAGGCAGCUCGCAUCAAGGAACAGGAGGAAGCACUAAAGGCAGAGCUCGAGAAGGAGAAUCGUUACACCACACGCAGUGAGCAGAGCGGGGAAUCAGAUGGUGCCAAGUCUCCCACAGGCAAGAAGAAGAAGAAAAAGGGGAAGAAGAAGAAGAAGACCAAGGAGCCGCCUGCCCCUCCCCCUGUAGGGCCGUGGGUGUACAAGCUCCACGUUGCAGACAACGGCAUCGACGCCAUGGGGGAGAGCCGGGAGAUAGCCCCCAUCAUCUGUAUGAGGCUCUUCAGGAAAUUGUUGAUGUGCUCCCACUGCCUGGAAGAGCUUGACCUCGAGGACAACCUCAUCGGAGACCUUGGAGGUCGCGAGAUCGUGGAGGGACUGAUGUACAGGAAGGAAGAGAAACUUGGUGGUGUUAAGAUGAGAACAACACAUCGAAUGAACGCUGAUACAUUCAACACAAUCAUCAAACUCGGAUCGGGGCUGAAGAAGAAGAAGAAAGGAAAGAAGAAGGGCAAAAAGAAAAAGAAGUAAAGAAAUACCUCAAGUAUCUCAAGUAUUCCUUACAGCUUUGCCAAAAUAUUUCUCGAAGUCUCUGCGUAAGAAUAAGUCGCCAUACAGUAUUGAAGACAAUCGGGCCACAAGGUUAUAGUCUGACCUCCCUCAGCAGCCUGUACACAGACACCUCCUGUGUUUGUGCUCUACGUCUGGGGGCCGAAACAGAUAUCCCACCCCAGUGUUGCUUGACAUCAAAUAUAACUACUUGAGUUGAUAAAAGUUUAAAAGUCCUAACACGAACAGGUUUUAUAUAUAAAUUGGAACAAAUCCUGUCCACAUUGAAUGAAUCCAUAUCAUGAAUAUAUCUGUCUCACAAUCUCAUUAAAAUCAGAUCUUAGUUCUUGCUACUGCUAAACAAAGAUCUGAGGACAUCCCAUUUCGGGUCAUGUCAGACCGACCUUUCGCGAACUCUGACCGACCAAUGGAAUUACU